AUGUUGCUGUUUCUAAACGCUCAAAUGCGGACCUAUGCAAAGGAAGAAUUGAAAACUACUUGUGUAGUCAGGAGUAUUGAUUUUCAAGAAGCCACAUUGGGAGACAUUGUGGCAAGUUUGAAAUCGAAGCUCUUUCCUAACUUCGGUAAGUUUAUUCCUCCUAUUUUACUUGGGGUUGAGCCUCCUGAUCCAGGCCUUGUUGAAGAUAAAAUGGAGGAUAUUCUAGGAGAUGAGAUGGAUGAUGACCAUGGAGAUAACUUUGUCCCUCAUAUUACCAUUAAUUUGGAUGCUGCUAGACUAAAAAAGCAAUGGUAG